GUUCACAUGACACGCGCUUGUCAGGCGUUGAACGCGCGUUAUCGCGGCCGCCAUGGUUCAGUCAAUAGAGUUGUUAUAUUUGUCGAAGAUGGACGUAGAAACAGUUUUAACGGUGAUUUUAUACCGACGAUGGCAGAAACGACGCGACAGAAGACGGAGAUAUUGGGUCCACCCAAUUUUGUCACACAGGCUGACUGAAAGCCAGUACAUAAUUUUGUAUCCUAAGUUAAGGCAAUUCGGACCCAAAUUUUUUAACUACUUCAGAAUGUCCAUCAAGUCAUUUGAUGACUUACUGGCUCUCAUAAACGAUGAACUCGUAGCAGAUAAAAACGCUGUGCGAUAUAGCAUUUCACCAGAAGAAAAACUCAUAAUUACAUUGAGAUAUUUGGCCACAGGAUGUUCACUUGGGACAUUAAGCUACGAUUAUAGAAUUGGAAAAUCUACUGUGGCUACUAUAAUACCACAUGUAUGUGAAACUAUUUGGAGAAAAUUGAGACCCAUUGUUAUGAGUGAACCAACGAAAGAAAAGUGGUAUGAAAUAUCCACGAUAUUUGAAAAGAACUCAAAGUUUCCAAAUUGUUUGGGAGCCUUGGACGGGAAACAUAUACGGUCAAUCCAGCCUGAACACACGGGUUCCAUGCAUUAUAACUACAAACACUUUUUUUCGCUAGUUUUAUUGGCGCUAGCGGAUGCAAACUAUGGUUUUGUGUGGGUUGACAUAGGUGCCUAUGGUAAAAACAGUGACUCAGGAUAUAACUUUUUGUACGUAAGCAUUGGAAGUCAAGGAAGAAUAUCCGAUGGAGGGGUCUUCAACAACUGUGAAUUGAACGAAAAAAUACAAAAUAAUGCACUGAAAAUUCCUGAGCCCACUGAUGCCUUGCCAGCAAGAACGGAAGAAGUUCCAUAUUACUUUGUUGGAGAUGAAGCUCUUGCUCUAUCCGAAAAUAUGAUGAAAGUAUAUUCAGGAUAUCAUGAACGUGGUUCUAAAGAAAGAAUAUACAACUACCGACUUUGCAGAGCUCAUAGAGUGGUGGAAAAUGCGUUCGGCUUAUUAUCUGCAGUUUUAAGGGUUUUGCGGAAACCAAUGCUGACAACCGGAGAUGUGGAAAAAGUAUUCAACUUAGCUGCUGUCUUGCAACUGGGGAGUAGUGUGACGGCGAUUUGCGUAUCUGGAUUCAUUGCCACCACGGUAGGUGGUACAGUCGAGUAG